AUGCAAGAACUUGUGUGGCUGGUGUUAGUGGAUUUCAUAGAAAAGGAAGAUUCAUCAUCAUUAUCGGAAGGAUCUUUUUCAUUCUUUUAUUCAAAAUUGAAAGAAAAGAUGAGCAAGAAAUUUCGUGAUCAACGACCCUUUUCAAUGAAUUUUGAACUGGUUGAAACGAUAGGAGUUGAUGGACAGCAGCAGAACUCCCAUGAUGGUUUUGCCUGUCCAUGGGAUGUAAAAUUUAGUUGUGAGUGUAAUUGUAUCAUGGUGAGCGAUUUUGAUAAUCAUCGCAUUCAAGUCUUUGAUGCCAUCACAAAAGAAUACAAAACAACACUGAUAUUUCAUUCUGAGAUUUAUUACCCACAAUGUUUAUGUAUUGAAAAAGAUUACGACGGAAUUGGAGGUGAAGCAUUACUCCUUGGACAUGUAAACGCAGAUGCAGUAAGGGUUCUUUCCAAAUUUGACUUGAAAAACAUAUUGACCAAUUCAAUACAACAACAACAAGCUGCCACACACGAAUUGUGGAGUUCUAGAUAUUGCUCUCCUGAUGGGAUUGCGGUUUGGAGAAAGACUGAACUGUUAAAGGAUCGAAUUGUCGUCGUAUGUGAUUACAAGAGGCAUGCCAUUUAUUUAUUCGAAUCAAGCACGGGAGAGUUUAUCCAAGAACUUGCAAUUGAUUACCCACUGUUCAAAAUAGAACAUCCAUCGGCUAUUUGCAUUAGUAUGGAUGGUUUGAUGUUUAUUUCUUUCCACACAUUACGAGACAACAUUUUAAUAUUGAGAUAUUCAUACGAAAAAGAAAAAUGGAUAGUCUUAAAGGACCUUUCCAAUGUCAACAACUACUGUAAAGGACCAAAUGGUCUCUAUUUUGAUAAUGCAUCCAGGCGCUUAUUAGUUUGCUUCAGUGAUAGCCAAACUGUACAAGUAUUUUCUGAAGAUGGCACAUUCUGCAAAAUGUUUAAAUUGCCUCAAGAGGAUUUACCUAUACUUUCUGGAAUAUGUGUGUGUGAGUGGACUGGAGAACUUUGCGUGUGUGAUUGUGGAAACCAUAGAUUACAAAUUUAUAAGUGA